UCUCCUAGGAAAACUUCUCGCUGAAUGGUAUAAAAUGCCUUAAACUUGAGUCUCAAUCCUCCAACAACUACACACACCGUAGUCGUACUAACCAAAGCUCAAUAUGUUCUCCGGCAUUAUCGCACUUCUUCUCCCUGUCGUCCUUGCCGUCGCUAGCCCUCUCGUGGCUCGCAGCGAUGUCACCGCGCUCGAAGCCGCUUUCGAUGGCAUGGCCAAGACCGUCCUCGCAAUCCAAGAAUCCUGCAAGGCCUUCUCAGAAAGCGUCGACCUUACUCAUGCUACGGCUGUCGGCAAUGCCGCAAAGACUUUAGACUCGGAUGCCAUUCCAUUUGUCCCGAAAAAUGUGACGGAGAGGCGGUGUGCACCACUCUCACGAACUUUGCCCUCGCUCCUUUCGAUCUUGGAGGGUAUCGUCGCCCUCAAGGAUGACUUCAAUACCAUCUGUGUCGUUUCCAUUGUUUGCAUCAUCGUUAACGACCUCGCCGCUGAUAACUGUGAACUUAUGAAUAAUCUCAUUGCUGCUACACCGGCCUUUUACAAGACGUGUGCGAAUGAUUUGAACGACAAGUUGGUGGCAGAGGCGACGAAGGUCCAGGUCACAUUCUGUUAGAAGGGGAGCUUGGAUGUUUCUCAUAAAGCUGGCUCGAAUUACGCUCGAU